CUGUGUGUGUGUGUGUGUGCGCGUGUGUAUGUGCGCGCGUGUGUUUUAAGGGAAAAAAAAAAAAGAGCCCACAGUCCAGUCCAGUCAGACCCAGCCUGGGAGGCUUGCGAGCCGGCCUUUCGUAAUUGCCCCCUCCCCGUGGCCCCCUCCCCGAGGCCUCCCCCUUCUCCCGCCCUCCCGCCCGCCCUCUCUCCCUCCCUCCUUCCCUCGCAGCCGAGGAGGCAGCAAUUACGCUUUGGGGAUAAAACGAGGCGCAGAGAGCGGGCUGGGGCAUUUCUCCCCGAGAUGGCGGGUCUGACAGCUGCGGCUCGGCGGCCCGGAGUCCUCCUGCUCCUGCUGUGCAUCCUCCACCCCUCGCAGCCUGGAGGGGUCCCGGGAGCUGUUCCUGGUGCAGUUCCUGGAGGCGUCUUCUUCCCAGGGGCUGGUCUCGGAGGCCUGGGAGGAGGAGCACUGGGCCCUGCAGGCAAACCAGCCAAGCCAGGUGUUGGAGGGCUCGCCGGCGCUGGCCUUGGGGCAGGUGCCUUCCCAGGGGCACUGGUGCCCGGUGGCCCGGCUGGCGCUGCUGCCGCCUAUAAAGCUGCUGCCAAGGCCGGUGCUGCUGGUCUCGGCGGGGUAGGCGGCAUCGGUGGUGUUGGCGGCUUAGGAGUGUCUACAGGUGCGGUGGUGCCUCCGCUCGGAGCCGGAGUCGGGGCUGGAGCGAAGCCUGGGAAAGUGCCAGGUGUGGGGCUCCCAGGUGCAUACCCGGGCGGAGUGCUCCCAGGCGCAGGAGCUCGGUUCCCGGGCAUAGGGGUCCUCCCCGGGGUUCCCACUGGAGCAGGAGUCAAGCCCAAGGCCCCAGCUGGGGGCGGAGCUUUUGCUGGAAUCCCAGGAGUUGGACCCUUCGGAGGGCAGCAGCCUGGAGUCCCGCUGGGAUACCCCAUCAAGGCACCCAAGCUGCCAGGUGGCUAUGGACUGCCCUACAGCACUGGGAAACUGCCCUAUGGCUAUGGGCCUGGAGGAGUGGCUGGUGCUGCGGGCAAGGCUGGGUAUCCAACAGGGACAGGGGUUGGCACACAGGCUGCAGCAGCAGCAGCUAAAGCAGCAGCGAAGCUUGGUGCUGCAGGAGCCGGAGUUCUUCCUGGUGUUGGUGUUGGUGGUGCUGGCAUUCCUGGUGUGCCUGGCGCAAUUCCUGGCAUCGGAGGCAUCGCAGGGGUCGGGGCUCCAGAUGCUGCUGCUGCUGCCGCCGCUGCUAAGGCAGCCAAAUUCGGUGCUGCUGGAGGCCUUGGCCCAGGAGUAAUCGGUGUCCCAGGAGUUGGAGUACCUGGUGUUGGGGUCCCUGGUGUUGGGGUUCCAGGUGUUGGGGUCCCUGGUGUUGGGGUUCCAGGUGUGGUUCCAGGUGUUGGAGUCCCAGGUGUUGGAGUCCCUGGUGUUGGAGUCCCGGGUGUCGGAGUUCCAGGGGCUGUGUCACCAGCCGCAGCUGCUAAAGCAGCGGCCAAAGCAGCCAAAUUCGGGGCCAGAGGCGGAGUGGGAGUUGGAGGCAUUCCCACAUUUGGGGCUGGCCCUGGGGGCUUUCCUGGCUACGGAGAUGCAGCAGCAGCUCAGGCAGCUGCAGCCGCCAAGGCAGCCAAGAUCGGUGCUGGGGCAGCAGGAGCCCUGGGAGGGCUGGUGCCAGGUGCCCCCGGAGCAAUACCAGGCGUGCCAGGUGUUGGAGGGGUGCCAGGGGUCGGGACUCCAGCAGCUGCAGCCGCCAAAGCCGCCGCCAAAGCCGCCCAGUUUGGUUUAGCCCCUGGAGUCGGUGUGGCUCCCGGAGUUGUGGCUCCCGGCGUCGCUCCCGGCGUCGUGGCUCCCGGCAUUGGCGUGGCUCCCGGCGUCGUGGCUCCCGGCAUCGGCGUGGCUCCCGGCAUUGGCCUUGGCCCCGGCGGUGUCAUAGGAGCAGGGGUCCCAGCUGCUGCCAAGUCCGCUGCUAAGGCCGCCGCCAAAGCCCAGUUGCGGGCUGCCGCCGGGCUUCCCGCUGGCGUUCCUGGCCUUGGAGUGGGUGUUGGCGUUCCUGGCCUUGGAGUCGGGGUCGGAGUUCCUGGACUUGGGGCAGCGGCAGUACCUGGAACCCUGGCCGCAGCUAAGGCAGCCAAGUUCGCACCAGGAGGAGUCGGGGCCCUUGGAGGGAUUGGAGAUCUUGGCGGAGCUGGCAUUCCAGGUGGUGUGGCAGGACCUGCUGCUGCAGCUGCUGCCGCCAAAGCUGCCGCCAAAGCCGCCCAAUUUGGCCUGGGGGGAGUCGGUGGGCUCGGAGUCGGAGGACUGGGAGUUGGUGGGCUUGGAGCUGUCCCAGGGGCUGUGGGCCUUGGAGGUGUGUCUCCAGCUGCAGCUGCUAAAGCAGCCAAAUUUGGUGCCGCUGGCCUUGGAGGUGUCCUAGGAGCCGGCCGGCCAUUCCCACUUGGAGGAGUUGCAGCAAGGCCUGGCUUCGGACUGUCUCCUAUUUUCCCAGGUGGAGCCGGGGGCCUGGGAGUUGGUGGCAAACCUCCCAAGGCCUUCGGAGGGGCCCUGGGAGCCCUGGGAUUCCAAGGUGGGGCCUGCCUGGGGAAAUCCUGCGGCCGGAAGAGAAAGUGAGCCCCCCGGGACCCCUGACUCACGACCUCAUCAACGUUGGUGCUACUGCUUCGUGGAGAAUGUAAACCCUCUGUGACCCCACCCCCCUUCCCCAUGCCCCCUCCUAAGCUCCCACCCCGGGUGGGAACGGGGCAGGACGGGCGGCCUUGGAAAUCCACAGGGCAAGGAGGCAAGAGAGUGGUGGCCAAGCGGGCCCCGGGAGGCCCCCCCCUUCAGAGGCACGGGCUGGGUGGGCUUGGCCCCCUGCCCCCACGCCCUUCCCACCCAGGAACUCCCCCUUCAUACGCUCUCCAUCUCUAGGGGGACUUGGUGCUACACGCUGGUGCUUUCACUCUUCCUGCGGGGAGGGAGGAGGGAAGGGCAGCCCGUUAGGGAACCCCCUCCCUGGGGCUCCUCUGAAGAUGGUGCAGACACUUCCUGGGCAGUCUCGCCUCCCCCUGCCCACCAGGACCCACUUCUGGCUGCGGUCCAGUUGGUACCCAAGCAUCGAAACCCUCACGCUGGAUUGGGUCAUGCCAUCUCUUGGCCUCCUUGGCCCCCCUUUCCCCAACCCAUCGCUGUUCCCCAUGUCCGGACUCCCCCCAACCCUGUAUUGGGAACAGCCCUCUUGCUCUUGUGGAAUUCAUCCGCCCGUCUGUCCAUCCGUCCGUCCAUCCUUAUCCCGGUUUGGCUGCCCGGCACCCCUAGCUGGCUGGGCGCUCCCACCAUCGACUCGGUUAACCUGUCAUGGCAGCCUGGGCCCAGCCUCCACCCCAUCGCACACACCCCUACGAAGGGGCCCCGAGCCUCUGGGUGUGAGGAGCUGUACCAGCCGGGGCCACAGGAAUCUCCCCCCCAACCUGGGUCUCCCCCCACGCAGUACUGUAUCCCCGACCCCUCCUCGAGCCACUGUACUUCAGAGCAUUUCUCCCCUGCCCCGCCCAUCUCUAUGUGUCUCGCUGUGAUAGAUCAAUAAAUAUUUUAUUUUUUGUCCUGGA